CCAGGACCCUGCUAUAUCUGGUCUCCCACAGUACACAGAACAUGGAAAUGCAAAUAUUUUAGUAAAUAUAAACUGCUAAAUACCUUUUCCCAUCAGCAGUUAGAGCAGUCUUGUGACUUCUAUCAGUGUUCAGCAGAGCACUGGUUAAAGUUUGUAGGAGGAGUUUUCUUUCUGCUCUAGGAGGUCGCAGAACCCCUGAUCUCUGUCUAGACAACGCUGGUUGACCAUGUGCUGAUUACAUGCACUCUCCCAAGAAAAAAAAACCUCUCUAGCAAUACACAACAAACUGAGCAUGUGCAGAGUGUCUCCACACAAUAUGUCUUAUCAGGAGAUAAGAGGGGGACACUGGAAGAAGGGGAGGAUCAGAAAAGUCAGGAUCAAACA